AUGGUGCAGGAGUGCGUGCUGCAGAUGUCGCCAGAUGCAGCGGGACGGUACUGCCAGGCCGACCCGCUCUGCAAGGCCUUCAUCAUGAAGAUGGAUGGAAUUUUUGGCGCGGGGCACAGCCUGGCCAUUUUCAAGCGGGACGCCAAUGCCUCGGCCAUCCUGUUCAACCCCACAGGCAAGUUCCAAUGCUUGCUGUACCUUAGAGAUGUCACAGAUCAAGCGCCGCCAGCUGACGGCGGCGGCACCGACUUGUCGGGUGGGGCGAUAGCAGGCAUAGCGGUGGGCUCAUCUGUUGGGGCGCUGGCGCUGGCUGCGCCAGCCGCCAUAGCGGUGGUGCGACGGCGCAGGUGCAGGCGCCUGCGGCAGCUCAAGCUGGCAGGAGGACCACAGCAGCUGCAGCUGCUGCAGCGCAGGACGCUCAAGUUUGUGGUCGAUCCCGCCAGCUUCACCUACUGCCGCCUGCCUGGCAGCGAGGGGCCCGUUGAGCUGGGAUCCGGCGCCAGCGGGCGUGUGCUCAAGGCGGUGUAUCGCGGCGAGGCUGUGGCGGCCAAGGAAGUGGAUGUGGGGGGCGGCGCCGCCAACCGCGAGGCCUUUGUGACGGAAGCGGUGCGGCUGCACCAGCUGCGCCAUCCGGCGGUGGUGGGGUUUGUGGGUGUGGCGCUGAGCGGCAGCCGGGGCAUCCUGCUGCUGGAGAUGUGUGAGGGGCGGGACCUUGCGCUCAACCUGCGGGCGGCGGGCGGCUCAGGGCAGCGCGUGUUUGGCUGGCACCGGCGGGGCAAGCGGGCGGCAUUUGACCUGGCCCGAGCCCUCAACUACCUGCACAGCCAGGUCCUGCUAACCUCCAGUGGCGCCGCCAAGCUUGGUGAUGUGGGCCUGGCACGGCUGCAGACGCGCACCACGCUGUCAGACCUGCCGCUCAUUGGCACCUACGCCUGGGUGGCCCCGGAGGUGCUCAUGGGCGGCCAGAACUGCACCUCCGCGGUGGACAUCUUCUCGUUUGGAGUGGUGCUUUGGGAGAUUGUGACGGGGGAGCGGCCGCGGCGUGGCAGCCUGCGUCCACCGGCGGUGCCCCGGGAGUGCCCAGCAGAGGUGGCAGAUCUCAUCCGCCGCUGCACCAGCCCCGACCCCGCAGCGCGCCCCACAGCCCAGCAGGCCAUGGAGCAGCUGGGGGCGAUGCUGCGGCGCAGCAGUGGCAGCUUGGAGUGGCAGCCGGCUAGAGCAGUGGCUGAGUGCGCGAGUCGUGACCCAGAAAUGAAAAAGUGUGAACCAAAGUGA